AUGGAAUCUGAACCGAAUUGGUCAGCCCAGACAGGGGAUUCAAUGGUUAGCAUUGGCCAUUAUCUAUUUGCCUCGGUCAACGGCCCUCCCCGCACAUCGGAUCCCCUAGUGGUGAUUCUCCCCGGCGCUGGCGAUGUCGCGUCAUCAUACAAAGCCCUUACCCCUCUUGUAGCCCGGUUUGCUCGUAUACUCCUAUACGACCGUUCAGGGCUUGGACGUAGCGACCCCAGCUCCGGCCCCAAAGGAUCAGCCAUCAUUGCAGCCAAAGAACUACACAAACUGCUCCACACAAUGCGAUUAUACCCACCCCUAGUACUAGUGGCCCACUCCUACGGGGGGAUUAUCGCCCGAGAAUAUCUCCACUUAUACCCCAGCGACGUGGCCGGUAUGGUCCUUGCCGAAAGUUCCACAGAGCGACAAAGCGACUAUUUUCGGAUCCCAGAUCCUAGCGUCAGCGCGGUACAGGGCGAUCUCAAAUUUUCCCAGGUAACAGGGCUCCGUGCCGACACCGUCCUAUCUCGAGAUGAGUGGCGGGAGCGUGCAAUUGAUAUUGCCCGCGGAGCUGAGGCGGCGCAAGCGGAGGCAAAUUCUCUCGUGGCAGUCUGUCAUACGUUGGCGGAGAAAAAGCAGCUAGAGAACCAGGCCAUGGGAUCAAAGCCUGUGAGUGUGAUUCGCUGCAAUGGCGCCAGGGACUAUGAGCGUAUCUACCAACGAGGCGUCGAGGUGGGGUAUGGAUCCGUACAGCAGCAGAAGGAAUUCCGAGACCUGCUUGAUCGUUGGCCUGCUGUUGAUCAAGAUCUUCAAGAGGAGCAGCUGAGAAUUUCUUCCAAUACUCGUCUCGUAUAUUUACCGGACUGUGGGCAUAAUGUCCACCUUUUGAGGCCGGACGUGGUGACGGAUGAAAUUCAUUGGGUGGUGAAGCAAGCCCAAGCUGGGACAGUGCAGAAGCUGUGA